AGUUUAUUGCGUAAUCCAAAACGUGUGGACGUGUAGUUACAGCUUCUCCGAAAAAAAAGAAAAAAAGUGAUUAAUGGACAGGGAAAAUAGUGAAAGUGAUCUCUUAAAGGAUUGGUGCGAGGAUCAGGGAGUCUCGGAAGCAUACCAGUAUUUGCAUGCGACGGGGGUGACUUUUUCGUUGCUCAGUCAUUUGACCCUGCAGGACAUCAACGAGAUUUUACCUCCCGGUGCCAUAAAAGUUUCGUUCCGGAUUCGGUGGCAACGAUGGAUGGAAGAAUCUAAUCCAGCAUCAACUGGUUUGAGUCUUACCGAGCAUAAUCCAGGAAUCUUGAAGAGACGACAGUGGGAAUUUUUUGACUUCUCAGAGGUUUUAAAUACCCCUCAGGGAAAGAAAUUGAUUGAAACUUCAAAGAACUUGCAACAUUUUGAAAAAAGGCAUCGAUAUGCACUUAUUGAGAUUAUUGUGGAUCACGCCGAAGAAGGCAAGAUAAAUCUGUCUUGCAAGCUAAUGGAGCAAAUUUCUGAAGAUAUCGAAAAAGUCUUCCCACACGAGAAAAAGGAAAUCUACUUUUUACCCAAAUCUAAGGACAAGAAGUCGUACAGCGGGUUGCUGUACUCCCGUUAUCAUAACAAUAAGAGGAAGAAGGCAAAAGUUGACAAAGGAAAAGAAAAUGAAAAUAUCAGGGAUCAGCAAUCCCUAAAUGUGGCAGAUGAAGUAACUUUGUCACAAGAUGAUGUAACUGAUGAGCCCAUAAACGAAGAUUCAGUUGAAAACCCUGACUCUUCAGACAUUUCGGCAAAUGAUUUUCGUCAUUGGAACAAUACAAGACAGAUGCGAAUUGAAGCAAUAUCUGAUAACAGAGAUAUCCUUCUUGAAUGGCCAAUACUUGGACAUCAAAACGGGUACAAGCUGAUCGACGAAGAUUUUAAAUUUAUUGCGUCGACUGCUAAAAGCAUUCAAGUAAAGUGGAAACCAUUUUUCGACAAAGUUGUAUUGUUCUUUGAAGAGCACGUGAAGGAUCGAUUCUGCAAAUCAAAAUUUGAUGAUGCACUUGGCGAAACCGAUGAUGAUGAUCGAGAGAGAGCUCUGUUGCUUCUACUUCACGCUGUUCUAAAACCACGAGGUCACAUUCGUAUGCCACAACAAAAAAAAGGAACCAAAGUUAAACUCGUGAAGCCAACAAUUGCAGAUGCGCAAUCUUCAAUGAUAAUUGAAACUGUAAGACCAGAAGAUGUUGAUUCACACAUAAAUGAAUUCAAGAAUAAGCUUGAGAAAAGCAAGAGAGGAUUUCAUCCAGUAAUCGUAUACAUCAAAAAUGGGGGAUACCUUGUUUACAUCACCGAAAAUAUAGUGUACAAGACGUUUACAGUGCAGCAUGCAGUGGAUAUAUGCUUCAAGGGAUACUAUCUUUUUCAUUUUGCGCGUUAUCCCAUUGAAUCUGGCUCAGUGUGGUUUUUCAUCCAAAAAUAUUUUUAUGAAGUGACCACGGAUACUGACAAGCUCUACAUCGGCCAAUGUAUCGACCUCUUUAAUUUCUGCAAUAACUUACAAUAAUUCAAAAUGGACUGCGCAAAAUGUCCUCCAGAAAGCCCCAGCUUUACAAACGCAAAACUGUAUGUAAAUCAUCUACGAAACUUUCAUAACCAGUCGUGCUUUAUUUGUGAUGACUGUUCGCAAAUAUUUCAAAAUCAUCGCUCUUUUGAAAAACAUAUAAACGCUCACUUGCAAGAUACUGAAAGAAUUGGGCUUUACGGUCACCGAGAAGGAAGUAAUCUACAGUCCCUUGAAUCUCCAACUACUGAACAUUUGGCAAUUUCAAGCAGCAGCAUAGAAAAACAUCAAGUAUUUUCUGAAUGUUACUCUAAUGAAGAUGUAAGUCAUUUAAAUACUGUUAAAAUAAUUCAUUCAGGAAUGCAA